GAGCCGAAAUUAUACACACACUUUAACAUUCUUCCCUUAUAAUUUCUGAGUAGCAUCCAUCAAAACUGCCCAUAAGCAUGGUUCUGCAUGGUAAAAUUGGGACUGAAAUAGAAAUUAAGGCACCAGCUGACAAGUUGUAUAACAUCUUCAAGAGCGCCCACCUCAUCCCAAACAUUUCUACUGCCCAUAUCAAAGGAGUUGAUGUUCAUGAAGGAGACUGGGAAACACACGGCUCUAUUAAGAUUUGGAAAUAUGAACUAGGGGACCAUGUCGGAAUAUUCAAGGAACAGGUGGAGCUAGACGAUGAGAACAAGGCCGCAACUCUGAUUGGAUUGGAAGGAGAAAUGUUCAAGUAUUAUAAGAGAUUCAAGGCUGUCUAUCAAUUCACUCAAAAAGAUGAAGGCACGGGUAUUGCCAACCUGUGGAUCGAAUACGAGAAACUGAACGAACAUGUUGAAGCUCCAGAUAGAUAUAUCGGUUUGAUGGUUAACCUCGUCCAGGAUCUUGAUGCUCACUUUCUCGGGGCAAUCAUCAUAAACAUGGCUCUGCGCAAGGUUGAGACUGAGAUUGAAAUUAAGGCACCCGCUGAGAAGUUCUACAAUAUCUUCAAGAGACAGGCUCACCACGUCCCAAACAUUUCUUCUGGCAGUAUCCAGGGAGUUCAGGUGCAUGAAGGAGACUGGGAAACUCAUGGCUCUAUUAAAAGUUGGAAUUACAGUGUAGGGGACGAAGUUGGAGUAUUCAAGGAAAAAGUGGAGUUUAACGACGAGAAAAAAUCCAUAACACUGAAUGGUUUGGAAGGAGAUGUUUUCCAGUAUUAUAAGAGCUUCAAGCCAGUCUAUCAAUUCACUCAAAAGGAUGAAGGCAACAUUGCGAACUUGUCGAUUGAAUAUGAGAAACUGACUGAGGAUGUUGCAGCUCCGGACAAAUACGUCGGUCUGAUGGUUAACAUCGUCAAGGAUCUUGAUGCUCACUUUAUCAAGGCAUGAUUAAUUAAGGAAAGGAAAAGCAUGCAAUGGUGAAACGCGACAUCCAUCGUUAAUAUGUAAUAUGUGUGUUAAUAAUGCGUGCUUUGCUUGAUAAAAAUGCUUUGCUAUGUGAGUUUGCCUUAUAAUAAAUGUACGUGAGGGGAUAUCAGAUAUAGGAUUGUGAUGCAUAAACUAUGAUGUGGGAUUGAGAUGUAUAAACUAUGGUUUAUAUGUAAAAUAAAACGUGCAGUGUAACAUCUCCAUUUUGUUGCUCA